AUACAAGAAUAUCCCUAACACACAAAACCAAUUUAUUUGCUUAUUAAAUUCCGUUUAUGCCCCUUUUCUUUUCUCAGGAGUUUCUUCCCCUCCAGAUGUCAUGGCCUCCCCAAUGCCCCUGCAGUCUGUGACUCUUGUCUUCUCUCUCUCUCUCUCUCCGUAUCUUUCGCCAUCUCCCUCUCUUCCUGUAAUCUUUCCUCAUUCCCUUUCUUCACUCAACGGGCCGCGCAGCCUUCAAUCAAACCAAGAGGCAACCCAUAACCAAAAUCCUGCUCUUUUUUCUUUUCUCUCUUUGCCUCUUUCUCCGCUUCAAAGUCUUUUCAGCUUUCAAAGAUUUUGACUCCUCCUGUUUCCACUGAAGUUUUCUUUUUUUAAGGGUGGGGUUGUGAUUUUGGCUUGGUUCUGUGCUGACUAAUUCUUGUUUCUUUUCUGGUUAAUGCCGUCUGAGUCCUCCUUUUCAAGCCUAUUAACUCUCUGCUUUAGGCCUUCCAAGCUAAAGCUGGAAGGCAUACUAGUUUGUUUAUUGGCUUGGAUUUUGGUUCCAAAACCCGAAUUCUCUCCUUUAUAUACCUUGUUUUGUGCGGUUAUCUUUUCUUGACACCCUGUUUUUGUUUUCUUUUUCCCUGAUGCAGUGCAGGAUCUUUCAGUAGUUUCAUCAACUGAGCAUCGUCCAAUUCCGUUGUUUUUGGGUCUAAGGCGAGUUUCAUCAACUGAGCAUUGUCCAAUUCCGUCGUUUUUGGGGUCUAAAGCAUUCGAUUACUUUUCAGUAUUUACACAGCUGGGUCUAUAGCGGUCUAUUCAAACAUCAAAAUCUUAAAACUGGGUAGUUUCAACUAAUGUGAGAAAAGGGAGUCACGUUGACUCCUUUGAGGUCCCUCUGCAAUCAAAAUGUCUGAGAAUAAUUAUAGUUUUGUGGGCUGGGAGGAGCACAUUAUAUGCCAAGAACGCGGUAACCGUGUAGUUCACUUCUACUUGAAGGAAGCGUCGGGCCCUUUAGUGCUUGCAGUUGUAGGUACAGAGAGGAGCAUAAGGCAUAUGAUGUAUGUUGUUUCCGGUGAGUUCUUGCAGGCGUAUGGCUCCCAUGGGUUCAUCAAUGCCAGUUCUAAAUGGCGAGCAAGGCGGGAAGUUGUUGAAUGGUUGCAAUCAUUGGUCUCAAUGAAUCGGCCCCUGCCAGAUUUGCAGAUGGAUGAUUCUAUAAGAGGUUUUGGAUCUUUUGAAGUAUCAAUGACUGGACCUCUUGGUUGUCGAACCUGUUUACCGCAUCAUAUGGUUGGUAGGAAACUGAAAGCGCAAAAUUCUGACAUUGAGUGGUCUGGCAUUGCUUGGAUUUGUGCGAAACAGCUGAAACACUAUUCAUCUUUUUGCAGGAAUGGGACCACCAUAGCUGUUCACUGUUUUGUUUUUGUAAUGGCUGAAGAAGAAAAUCACUACCUAGGAUACUUGGAAGAUAUGUAUGAAGAUAAGAAGGGGCAGAAGAAGGUGAAAGUGCGGUGGUUUCAUCACAAUCGAGAAGUCAAAGGUGUCAUUCCUCAGCUGAAUCCUCAUCCUAGAGAAGUCUUCAUCACACCUAAUGUUCAAGUUAUCAGUGCAGAGUGUGUUGAUGGUCUUGCAACAGUCCUGACUCCUAUACAUUAUGAGAAAUGUGUAGCUGUUGUCCCUCAGACUUCACAAUUGGCUGUCCAUAUGUGCUUUAGGCAGCUUAAGAAUAACAAGGUCAAGCCCUUCACUCUUACCAAAUUACGGGGAUACUCUAAUCAAGCAAUUCUCUCUUCUUUAGAUGGGCCAGUUGUCCCUAAGCAAACGGGCAAGAACCGUAAUUCUCAUGAGGAAGAUAAGAAAGCGCUGACAUUUGAUGAUUCUCUGAGGGUAACUGCUAAGAGAAAUAGAAGUUGUGAGGGGCAAGCUGGACUUGAAAGUGGUUCUGGUGGCAGAAAUUCAGUCGCAGUCCCUGCAUAUGAGUUUAUGAGAUGUGAACCAACAUAUCCAAAGUUGAAAUUAAGGUUUUCAAGGAAAACAAUGGGUAUUGUGUCACAGCCCCGACAUCCGCUCUCUUUCAAGGUGGAUGAGAAAAUAGAGCUGCUUUCUCAUGAUAGUGGCAUUCGAGGCUGUUGGUUUAGGUGCAAGGUCUUGAAAUCAUCUCAGAAGCAUUUGAAAGUUCAGUAUGAUGAUGUGCAGGAUGCUGAUGGGUCUGGUAAUCUAGAGGAAUGGAUCCCUGCCUCCAGAGUUGCAGCACCUGAUAAACUUGGAAUGAGAUGUCCAGGCCGCUUGACAAUCCGGCCCUGUCCUCCCAAGGAUACUACUACAGCUUUUAAAAUUGAGAUUGGAGCAGCAGUUGACUUGUGGUGGAGUGAUGGAUGGUGGGAAGGUGUCACAACUAGAAUUGGCAUCUGCGGUGAUGAUGAUCUGCAAGUUUACCUCCCUGGUGAAGAUAAGUUUUUGACUGUCCAGAGGGAGAAUAGCAGAAUUUCCAAAGAUUGGGUUGAUAACAGAUGGGUCGAUAUAAAUGGGAGGCCAGACAUACUAUCUUAUCUAUCUUCAAAUAUCAGUCCUAGCAUGAAGCCUUCAACGUGCUCGGCUAUGGUGGAAGCAUCUCGCUGUGGUAGCAUUGCAUCAAUGGAGCACAAGGCUCUCACCACCUCAAAACUUGAAGCUGUUAAAGAAGAUGAACAGGAAUUACCCUGGCCGGCCACAUGUGAUGAUCCAGAAGACAUGAAUGCAAUGAGUUUGGAAAAGAGACCUCAUGACAAUGAUAAAGAUGGAAGUAAGGAAAGUAGAGGGGCUGCUUAUGUCGAGGGGAAAGAAGAUUCUGAUAAUGAAGGCAAUGGUGGUAACAAGAGUGAGUCAUUUUUGGAGGAAGAGUUCGAAUCUGCCAACAAGAGAUGCCGAACUGUGGAGUGAGUGGUUGGUUUGGUCAACAUGGAGGUUCGACGGGUGAGGCUUGGAGGUGAUUCUUUGGGUUGAUGUGAACAUGAUACAAUAGGUAUAGGUACAUGUGAAGGAUGAUCUCUAGUUUUUUUUGGGAUAAUAACAACUGUAUAGAGAAACAGUUAGAAUUUAAUGGCUCAAAAUCAGGUCAAAAUAUGUUAGGUUCAAGAGUUAAUAUGAGCUGUUUAAAGUCGGUGUAGCUAAGUUCAUGAUUAGGGAUGAAUUACAGGUAUAGUUACAACUGUAAAGGUUCACUUCGAGAUUAUUUUGUAGAACCUAAUGGAAAUAUUUAAAUUAAGAUUUAUUUAAAAGAAAAAAGAGAAAAGCAACGGGUUUUUGGAUGUGCA